AUCACAAUCCGGUUUGUUGCGUUGCGGCCCUGUUUUUUUCCCACGUCCGGAAGCUUCAGUUCCUGUCGCUGUUAACGGCGUCGUCUGUGUAAUUUUGGCAGAAUUUCUGCGGUAAUUAGCCUGCGACUCACCGUCCUCUGUCUCUAGUUGUGGUUAACGGACGGUACUGGUAUCCACGGCGGGAACGUUGGAGAGAGGUUCCACGGGGAGCUAACGCUAGCGCCGGUGACCGUCAGAGCUGGCCCUUGUAUGGGUGAGUGAACGUCAGCCAUGAGCGCCGAGCCGGACGCCCUGGCCGUGGUCAACCAACUGAGGGACCUGGCUGCAGACCCCAUGAACCGCCGGGCCAUCGUCCAGGACCAAGGCUGCUUGCCUGGGCUCAUCCUGUUCCUGGACCACCCCAACCCUCAGGUUGUCUACUCUGCCCUGCUGGCGAUUCGUUACCUGGCGGAAUGUCGCGCCAAUCGAGAGAAGCUGAAGGGAGAGCUGGGGAUGAUGCUGAGCCUCCAGAACGUUGUACAGAAGUCAACUACUCCUGGAGAGACUAAGCUGUUGGCGUCUGAGAUCUACGAGCUCCUGCAGGUGUCCAGUAGUGCAGAGUCUGAGUCGGCAGAGGAGACAGUCAGCAGUCGCCGUAAAGCUCAGUUCUUCCUGGGCUCCAGCAACAAGAGGGCCAAAACCGUCGUCCUUCAAAUCGACGGACUCGAGGACUCGGGUCGUAGGAGUUUGUGUGAGGAUGCUCUGCUGAAGGUCAGAGGAGUGAUCAGCUUCACCUUCCAGAUGGCUGUAAAGAGAUGCAUAGUCCGGAUCCGAUCAGACCUGAAGGCUGAGGCUCUGGCGUCUGCGAUCGCCUCUACUCAGGUGAUGAAGGCUCAGCAGGUGGUGAGAGGAGAAAACGGAGACGAGGUUCUGAUCCCGUUUGUGGAGGACGGUUUGGUGGAAGUAGAGCAGAACGUGGACCUGCCAGACUACCUGCCAGAGGAUGAGAGUCCAUCUCAGGAGCCCGACAAGGCAGUGAGCCGGGUGGGUUCUGGUCAGGAAGGUUCGAGCUGGCUGGGUGCUGCUGCCAACUUCCUGUCCCGGUCCUUCUACUGGUGACCCAGCAAAGCCACUUCCACAUUGUGCCCUGUCUGUCAAACCUCCACCUCUGAACCAAAAUCCACCAGCUGCCAAACCUCAGUGCUGUGACUCACACAGCAAGUGUAAAAACGGACCCCCCAGAACCGGCCCUACCAAACCCGCAGGGAUCUGAUUGAACUUCUGACAGAGAUCUCUGCAAACGGGUCGUGUUACAAAUCGAGUUGUCUUAAAGGACAGGAAGUGUUCUGCAGCGAUGGCUUUAAGCACCAACAAGUAGUUAUUAGUUAUUUAUUCUGGAUUUGUUAACACUCCUGGGUGUUUGAAAGACGAGCAGCAUCCGUCAGCCGUGCCUUCAGUUCCUCUGGCCCCUGGACGUGAGGGCUUGGCCUUAUCCUCACAUUGAAGGCGUUUACCCAAAACGAUUAAAAGGUAAAACGUCAAAUUAUAACGGUGUGAAAGUGUAGAGCUGACCACAAACAGACAUUCGCUCAGCAGAGUCAGAGUUUCCUCUUGAGCACAGUCACAAUGUUUCUGCUCUGUAUGAAUGCCUUUAUGCCUUUAAGCUUUUAUUUUGAAACUGCCUCAUGUCAGAUCACGGUGGUGUUUUAUGGAGUGAUGUUACUGGAGUUGUUUUUAUUUCUCUCUCUGUGCUGAACAUUAUUGGAACCUGUUUAACUUAAAGUUGAUGUUUUUAAAAAGAGAGAAAUUUACACUUUGCACCACGAACGACCCUGACCUUUUUUGGGAACAUAACACCAGGCUGCAGCGUCAGUAUUUACUCCAGAUGAGGUUGUUUUAUUAAACGUGUGAUUAUUUAA